AGAACAUACCCUAAAUACGGGUUUGUUUUGUGCAUUAAGACACAGCUAAAACAAAACUGAUUCAAAUAAUGAAUUUUCCUAGAUACGAAUUUUGUGAAGAGAAUAAACCUCUUCUGUUGAAUUUUAUUAAAUUAGCUAAGCAGAAUAAGUUAAAUCCACAUUGCAACCUUGACGAAUAUAAAAAAUUAUCAAAAAUUCUACCUCUGACAAAUGCUUUCAACACAUCUAAUGAAUUUAGCGAAAUAAUCAGUAUCAGUGAUAGUGACGAGGAACAUUACAAUGAAAUUGAUAUAAAUAGCUUACAUGUUACAUUAAAAAAUACUGAAAAAACUUUAAAUGAUACUGUUACCGAUUUGACUUAUGCUAUAAAAGAAAUUUUAGAAACUGAAAAGCAACUAACUUUAUCAAUAAUAAAUGAUCUUCACAAGCCGAGUUUAGAUCUAGAAACACUUUUUAAACAAUUACAGGAAGAGCUCAAUUCAGAAGAAAUUAUAGCUUUUGGUACUUCACUUAAUUCAAAUUUUAUUAAAAAUAAUGCCAUUAUUUCAACUUAUAUCAAAUAUUUACUAAUACCUCAGUUAACACUGGACUAUUCUGAUCAAUGCCAACUUAAUCUUAACAACAUUAGUUACCAAUAUCCAGAUAUUCUUUCUGAUGAGCUUUGUUCUUACCUUUUAAAUCCAACAGAAGGUUAUAGAAAUCUACAAUUUUUAGAAUCAUUAUCACCAGAUUUCAAAACAAAACUACUUAGAAAUUUCGUGAUUAAUUCUAAUGAACUUGAAGAGAAUCACAUAUCAAUAUUGGAUAUUUUAUUUGGGGAAAAAGUAGAAACUGAUACAAUCAAUAAAUUGAUUGAAAUAAUGUCCAAAUUCGCUGACAGCUUCGCUACCAAUAAAAUAUUUGGUAAAUUUUUGUUGAAAUUGAUACAGUUAUUAGGAAAACAAGUUGUACCAUUAGAAAAACCUAUGAAUCAUAUUAUCGGAAUACACAGGUCUAUUUGGAAAGUAAAAAUACAGAAAACAUAUGAUGAAUUUAUACAAGAUAGUUUGCUAAUGUCUCAAUCUUUCAGAUAAUAAACAAUUAAGUUUAAUUUUAUAUGCAACUAUUCCCCAAUACCAAAAUGACAUUUGAACAUACAAAAACAAAAAUAAAGGCAAAUCAAAUAAUAUCGAUAUGUUUCAAGACCGUCACAGGAUUAAAAGAGGGAGAUCUGUUAUCUACUUCAUUGUUGAAUGAAUAUAUUAGAAAGGAUAGUAUGUUAAAUAAUUUUGAACAGAAUAUGGACACUAAAAACAAGAAUGACCUUAAGAAAAUUUCUUAGAAAUAGCAGAAACAGUGAAUUGAUGAAGAUAAAUCGAAGUUCAUGGUAAUGACAACAUCACAAAGGAAAGGAACAAUUAGAAGUCAAUACAACUGAAUUAAGAAAAAUUAAUGAGCUUUUAUCAAGUUCAAAGUUAUGUGUAUCUUGGGGUGGUUAUCAAGAACGACGGUGACGAGGGAGGAAAUAUAGAAGCAAGGAUGGCAAAGGGAAAUAAAUAAUUAAAAGCACCAAAUAAGUUCCAAAAAAAUUUCAAGAAAGGCGAAGCUAAAUCUACAUAACUAUAAGACCAAAAGAGCUUCAGGAGUAAAACGAUGAUUCUUAACACAGCAAAGGAAGAGACAUUAGAUAUAUGGGAAAGAAAAAUACUCAGGGGGAUACUUGGGAGAAUUUAUUUGGAAAAGCAGAACUAAGCAAAAGAAUGGAGUGGCUGGAUCACAUACAAAGAAUACCAAAAAAAUAAUGUACAUAGAACAAGGGGGAUCAAGAAAAAAGGAAGACCAAGGAAAAGAUGGUAUGCAGAGGUAAUAAAAGACCAAAGAGAAAAAGGAAUUCAGGAUUGGUUAGGUUAGGAAACAAAAAAUAGGACAGCGUGGAAGGGAAUUACUUAAAUAAAAAAAAUAUUACAUAAAAAUAAUUAUAUUCAAUUUAUAAAAAAAAACAGGAUCAAAUCGUUGAUAUUAUAAAAUUAAAAUAGA